CGGGGCAGUUCAUCUCCGGGACUCCGUGCGGGCACUUUGUACUCCGGGUGUCUCGUGGCGGCGCGGGUGGCUUGAUGACGUUGUGUGCCCAUGUGUGGCCUAGCCUUUAGGACGAGAAACAGCCCCUCACAAAAGACAUCCCUGCGUUGGGGCGACUGUUGCAAAUACUCGCCGCCCUCCCGAUUAGUUGAUUAAUUCGUAGGUUGCACAUUAUGAAACUGUUGGUGUUGUUAUCAAAGGAUAUAUUUUGUUAGACGCGUUUUUUGUAAAUUUGCCCAUGUAAAGUGCUCCCAUUCGUAGCCGUUAUCGAAAAGAUUAGAAAGAUGAUCAACAUCGCAGGAGUUGUCUCGAUCGUACUGUUUUACAUUCUGAUCCUUGGUGUUGGGAUAUGGGCGGGAAGAAAAAAAGAGGCUGGAAAUGAUUCCGAAGAAGAGGUUAUGUUGGCCGGAAGGAACAUCGGUCUGUUCGUCGGGAUUUUCACGAUGACAGCCACUUGGGUCGGAGGCGGCUACAUCAACGGAACGGCAGAGGCCAUCUACACCCAGGGCCUCGUCUGGUGCCAAGCCCCUUUCGGGUACUCCCUCAGCCUCGUGUUCGGCGGCAUAUUCUUCGCGAACCCCAUGCGCAAACAGGGUUACAUCACCAUGCUCGACCCUCUCCAAGACACGUUUGGCGAACGCAUGGGAGGCCUGCUCUUCCUACCGGCGCUCUGCGGCGAGGUCUUCUGGGCGGCCGGCAUCCUGGCCGCCCUUGGGGCCACCCUAAGCGUCAUCAUCGACAUGGACCACAGGACCAGCGUGAUAUUCAGCGCCUGCAUCGCCGUCUUCUACACCCUGUUCGGCGGCCUGUACUCCGUGGCUUACACCGACGUCAUCCAGCUGUUCUGCAUCUUCAUCGGUCUGUGGAUGUGCAUACCCUUCUCCUGGGCCAACGAGCACGUCCAGUCCCUGUCCUCGCUGGAGCACGACUGGAUAGGGGCGGUCAGCAAGGAGGAGUUCUGGUUGUACGUGGACAACGGGCUGCUGCUGAUCUUCGGGGGGAUACCGUGGCAGGUCUACUUCCAGAGGGUGCUGAGCAGUAAGUCCGCCGGUAGGGCGCAGGUGCUGAGCUACGUCGCUGCCUUCGGGUGCAUCUUGAUGGCCAUACCUCCGGUUCUCAUCGGGGCCAUUGCGAAGGGUACAGCUUGGAACGAGACCGAAUACAAAGGACCAUAUCCCCUGAGCCAGGACGAGACCAGCAUGAUCCUCCCCAUGGUGCUACAGUAUCUAACCCCGGACUUCGUCUCCUUCUUCGGUCUGGGAGCCGUAUCGGCCGCGGUGAUGUCGAGCGCCGAUUCCAGCGUCCUGUCGGCAUCCUCCAUGUUCGCCAGGAACGUCUACAAGCUGAUAUUCCGACAGAAGGCCAGCGAGAUGGAGAUCAUCUGGGUGAUGAGGGUGUCGAUCCUGGUCGUCGGGUUCUUGGCGACGCUCAUGGCCCUGACCAUACCGUCGAUCUACGGCUUGUGGUCCAUGUGCUCCGACCUCGUCUACGUGAUCCUCUUCCCCCAACUACUGAUGGUGGUACAUUUCAAAGACUACUGCAACACCUACGGCAGUCUGGCAGCCUACAUCGUGGCCUUCCUGGUGCGCCUCUCGGGCGGGGAGCCGCUGAUGAACCUAGAACCGCUCAUCCACUACCCCGGCUGGGACGAGGCCAAUCACAGGCAGCUCUUUCCCUUCAGAACGAUGGCCAUGAUCAUGUCUCUGGUCACCCUGAUCGGCGUCUCCUGGUGGACCAAAUGGGUCUUCGAGACCGGAAGAUUGGCCCCCGGCUACGACUUCUUCAGGUGCGUGGUCAACAUACCGGAGGACGUGCAGAGGGUAGGGGAGCCGCUGGAGGAGGGCGAGCAAAUGUCGAUGAUGUCCUCGGGGGCGAUGGGGAAACUGUACGGGGCGGCCACGAUGGUAGGCAAGGACGAGAGGAACGGUAGGAUAAACCCCGCUUUAGAGAUAGACGACGAUAUAACGCCCAACGACGUAGCGGCUUUGAGAGGUAGCGUCAGUAGUAGUAGCGGCGGAAGAAACAAGUCGGCUCCGAAACCCGCGACCCAGACCGAGUUUUGAGAGGGGUCGCGUUUAGAUAGGUGCUAAAUUAGUUAGUAUUAACGAACCGCAGGUCGGUUGAUGAUGGCUUCUGGGUUCAGUAGGGUUAAAGAUGGUCGCAGGUGGUUGGGUUGACUUUGAAGAUAUGCUGUGUGAACGAAUCAGGCCUCCAGUUUCAGAGGUCAAAUGAAAUCCAGUAUCUGGGAUGCUCCAAGAAGUCCUAACAUCUUCAGAACGUUUGGUUGUCACGAGCACAAUGUGACAAAUGAUCAGUAGAAGUUGCGAAUAUUACAAUAGUUCCAAUUUUCGUUUAAAAGAUCAGCAGGUUUCGAAUUGUGGCCAAUGGCGAGACUUUUCGAGAAACUUUUCUAUGUGGAAAUUCAUUAAAAAAAUCGUUCAACCUCGGAAAGUUGAUAACAUGAAUAAACAUUUGUUCUUCAACGAAAAAAUGUUCCAAUUUUCAUUUCCGUUUGACGAAUGGAAAUAUUGCUGACUUUCCGAGAUGACGAACUGAUUGAAUUCAACUAAAACGAAAACCCUAUAUUAAUUAGUGGUUCAUGACGUAAGAUAUUCCUUUCCCCUUCUUGAAGUGAACAAUAAAUCGGUGUAGACCGCUCUUAACGCAUCUUCCAGAUAUAAUUAUCCAUUUUUAAACCACCUGUGAACAUUUCAACGAAUAUAGAUCGAAUCCAGAAGCUUUGUUGAUCAAAUUGUACGAGUUUAAGGAUAGUUUCCUAUAAUAUCAGUGUGAUAUCUGUAAGUAAAGAAAAAUACAGAAAAUGUAACGUAAACAUAUCAUUGUUGCUCCUUACAUUAUAUAUUCUAUAGUGUCCAUUUUUGAGUGUAUAUAUGUAUCAUAUCCAGUAUUAGAGUCCAUUUCAUUCUGGUUGUCAAAUUUCGAGGAAUGCGAGGUCGAAGGAUCAUCCCACUGUUUCUUUUUUAACGGGAUGUUAUCUCCGCCACUAUUUGGGAAUAUUAUUGGACGAUUUUCGCAUUUUAUAUCCAUCUUCUGAUGUGUAUCCAUGUGAUGAAGAAAAGACAUAUCUUACAUUUAUAUUCUCAUUGUAACGUACAAGAGACAAAAGACUUGAAAUGGCAAUACCUAUACAAAAACAGGAAAAGUACGCGUCUUAGGCAAAUUUUGAUGAAUUCCCCCUUUAUUUGACGCUUCGUUCAGCACCUCAGUUGUGAAAUUUAUGUAAAUAUCAUGAAUAGUUUAUCGUUGUUGGUUCUGCAAAAAAUUAUAUUCCGUUCGGAUGUUUUAUAGUUUGUUGGGAGGUAAUUUACGAAAUAGUUCUUGCUGAAGAUGUAAUAUUGUUCAGUGUAUUAUUUAGUUUUAGCGUAAUAGAUGAAAUACUGUUGUGAAAAUAAAGCAAACUGAAGUAAUGAA